AUGGCAUCUCCAUCUUCAGUUAGCACCCGCCCCGAGGAAAAUGAACCGAACUGGCAAUACGGCCCUCGUGCCGCCAAGAGACGGAAACGAGCCUCCACGGCAGGCGCAUCGAGACCUUCUCCUCGUGAGAUUGGCUUUAUGAGAGAAUCUCAAAACGAUGGCUCUGCUACCUUUAUUGGAAGCUCUAGUGGCAUCCACUUUAUUCGACAUGUCUACAACGCCUUUGCUCGUCGAUCAGCCGAUUUACAGCAGAACCGAGCCCGAGAUAGAACCUCGGUGCCCGGAGAAGAUGACCGAUUACAGCGAGGCUACGGCAGCUCGCACGACACUGAUGAGCUUUGGUCGAAAGAAGAGCUGACCUUUGCGCCGACUCCCUCUUUCUCGUUUGAUGAAUUGGCCAAUUGGACUCGCCGUUACUUUGAAAACUGGCAUCCCAUCUUUCCCUGUCUCCAUGCACCAACAGUCCUAAAGGCUAUGGAGAAACUCGGGCAACAUGGUGUAUCAGCUGUCAGUCGACUGGAUAUGCUUGUCAUACGCUCCCUCGUCUCUAUAUCCCUCGCGGAUAGCCGCCAAGUAGAAGGCACAAAAGCAGACAUCGGGCCAGUGCCAGCCUCCUUGGUAUUUCAGUCUGUACAUCAUGUCAUGCAAGAUAUUCAGGGUCUUCUCACAGAGCCUACAACAAUACCGCUUCUACAAGGUGCAUUCUGUGCCCAGCUUGUACUCACAUCCCUACUACGUCUUAACGCCGCUUCUCGAGUCGGCGGUGUGAUUACGCGCACUGCAUUUCAUCUGGGAUUGCAUCGUUGCCCAGGACGUUUUUCAUGCUUGAGCAGCCAAGAAGUCGACAUUCGCCGUCGCCUGUUCUGGUCAGUAUAUUCCCUGGAGCGGUAUUUGUCACAGGCUCUAGGGAUCCCGCUCGGCAUCCGAGACGACGAUAUUGAUGUCUGCUAUCCGGGCGAAGAACGACAUGUCACCGGUACACCAGAAGCCCCCAAUGAUCAUCGACUACAACUACUUUGCCAUCUUGCCAAAUUCGCGAGGAUACGGGGUUUGAUUCUAGAACUCCGUAAUAAGUCCAUCUUACACAGUCAUGCUGGCACUGUCGAAGCGUCGCAUGUGAAUGGCGAGCUUUCUCAAUGGUGGAAUGAGGUGUAUGACGAUGUCAACCCCAUUGAAGACCAUGCCGAUAUAGAGCCUGGUCAAAAUCCAGCCCUAAGCCCAUACCACCGGUUGCUGCUCCUUGUCCUGAGGCAUGAAGCUAUCAUCUCUAUGAACCGUCCGCUGCUUGCUGCCGAAAAGCCCAACCCGGAUUACAAGAAUGCCCUGCAGACAUGUAUUGCCUCUUCACGUUCUUUGCUUGCAGCAUUGAAGAAGUACAUGGCCUCUUCUCCUGUUACACCACUCACCUGGCCCUCCUUCACAUGGACAACGUGGAUGGCGUGUCUGAUUCUGAUGUAUGCGUCAUGGGAAGGCGAAUUCCCAGUUUCCACGGCACUAAAAUACGCUCGAAUGGGAGUUUUUGUCUUACAGAAUCUUGCUCUGCGUGGAAGCAGCUGGCCCGAAACGUGCAUUGAGGCAAUCCGAAGCAUGGAGUCCGCUUUGUCAACAAACCAGUCAGACGGCAAUCAUGAAACUGUCGUAGGGGUGACUAUGCCCGACAGGAACGCGCCGCAGCACAACCACGCGACGACCACGGAGAGAAUCACUAGAGACACGAAUGGGUCCCAAGCCCAGAAUUUAGGUCGUCAAUCUGCUACAAUGAACAUGACACCUGUUAGAUCAACUCCCCAGGGUACUGGAUAUGCCGCAUACCAAGAUGCAUCCCCUUCCAUGGCUACGCAACAGUUUGAGCCAUCGACAGGCUCUGCUCUCCGCGGCGUUGAUCCAGGAGACCAAUACGAGCCCACCAUCUUUUCAACCCCAAACCCCGGGAUUGUGAUGGAUAUGAAAUCUAACGAUGGCUCCUACUUAAACGGAUCAACAUCAGCGGGACUUAUAUUCGGCAACAUGGCGAACAGCAACACAGCAUUCAACCCAGGGCUUGGACAAGAUAUUCUUCCCUUCUCAGAUCCAUCUUCACUCUUCAUGGGCGAUCUAUGGAGCGUGGCAGAUGGGCCUUGGAUGAUUCACGGAAACAUGUUAUAA